GCCCAGGAGGCGGCGCAGAGGUAACCGCGGUAGGCGGAGCGAACCUUAGCUGAGGUUCCAGUGUAUAUUGUAACGCUGUAUACAGUGACUGCAGGUGACAUAGAAAGCGCCAGAGGCCGUCACGCAGGAAACUGUAGGGCAAGCCAAGAGGAAGCGGGGGCUACACAGCUGCUGGGCGCCACCCCGUACAUCAUGGAUCAUCAGUACCUUCAGGCUGCCAACCGAUACCAAGUGCUAGAGAAUGAGGACGACUCCUCCGAAACUGCGGCUGUAGAGCAGCCAUCAACCUCAACCCAAGCUUCUCAAGCAUCUCAGACUUCAGCCGCAUCCGCAGUAGAUACAUCUCCUCCACCGUACAGCAGUAUUGUCGUAGACGGUGGUGUGGACAACGAAGCACACAAUGAAUUCUACCCUGUACCACCUCCCUAUAGUGUUGCAACCACUCUUCCAACAUAUGACGAAGCUGAGAAGGCUAAGGCCGCAGCAAUGGCCGCCGCCGCAGCCGAGGCCGCCCAGAGGCACGGCCAAAUUAGAGAGUCUAGAAGUCUGUUUGAUGAAAUAUUCCUCAGCCCUUCAGAGGAGGAAGAAUAUCCACCCAGAGAUGACUUCAGUGAUGCAGACCAGUUGAGAGUCGGGAAUGAUGGGAUCUUCAUGCUGGCUUUCUUUAUGGCGUUCAUUUUCAACUGGAUCGGGUUCUGUCUCUCAUUUUGUAUAACCAACACAAUAGCCGGGCGCUAUGGUGCAAUCUGUGGGUUUGGAUUAUCACUCAUCAAAUGGAUUCUCAUUGUGAGGUUCUCGGACUACUUUACUGGCUAUUUCAAUGGACAGUAUUGGCUGUGGUGGAUAUUUCUUGUACUUGGUCUACUGCUAUUCUUUAGAGGAUUCGUCAAUUACCUCAAAGUGCGGAACAUGUCUGAAAGUAUGGCGGCUUCUCAUAGAACAAGGUUUUUUUUCUUGUACUAGAGGCACAUGCAAGAAGACAUUCCAUUCUUUAUCCAAUGUGAAUCAAGAAGGUGUAGAACACUCCAGAUUAAUAGACUAGAAGACUACUUAGCAAGAAAACGAGUCACCUGGUUUCUAGAAGCUCUGGAUGUUUGAUAGAAUUCUCAAAUAUCUUUGUAAAUAUCUCCUUUAAGAUUGCACAUUUGCCAAAUGGAAGAUUUUUCCAAAUCCUGUACAUGACCAACCAUUUUUCUUGAUGCAAAAAUCGGCUUGUAGCAUGUUUAACCUGACCUGUUCCAUCACAACUGGAUGUUCUUCUACUGCCCAUGUUUUCUUUAUCACAAUAAUUUUAACAUAUUUGAAGUACAGUAUUUACUUAUUUUGCUGAAUUAAGCAGCAACAUUUUCUCUUUUUGUGCAUACAACUUCCGCAUGAAUAGGUUUUCCUAAAACAGGCACAAUUAUUUUACUCAUUGUAAUUAUGCAUCUCCUUGUGACCAUUUGGCAAGUUCUUGUUAAUUUAAAUCUGAAUAUAUGUCUAUUUUUUACUAACAUUAGCCCCCCCUUUUUUUUCUUGUAUGUAUGAAUGAAUAGAACAAAGGAUCUUGAUACGCGCUGUUUAAAACGUGCCAUACAAACACUUGUGGUUUCAUCAGUUUUUGCCAUUUGUCACUGUCUAAUCUGAGCAAUGGUUGAACAAACAUGCAAAACUGUUGACCUUUAAGAAGGUAUCAGAAGUCCUUCAGUUUCAACAUGGUGGGUGAGAUCAACACAGAGACAGUGUUCGCUUUGUACAAGUGUCUUUCCAAUACCUCACUGCUAUAUCAUAGACACAAUGGGAGAGGUUUACUAAGAUAAAUGCACCCAAAAUUUGCCUUAAAAGGGUUCUCCAGGAAAGCUUUAAAAUGGCUGCAAGCAACCUGUCCUAGAAUGUGAGCAGGACCGGUGACCUCCACUUGUAGAGCUAAUGGGAAGGUGAGGGGCAGGACCUCACUACAUGUUACACUCCUGCGCUUGCAUAUACUAUACAUUGGAGAGCCUUCCUAUCAGGCUGCUCAGCCAUGAUGGCGUAUUGUAGGUAGGAUUGCAUCAUUACCAUCUGUUGUGCAGCAGUGAAGUGAAGCCUCCCCCCCCCGCCAGACAGCUCUGCAAAUCGCAUUCUAAAACUUCUUGCUUCCGACUAUUUUAAAUAUUUCCUGAAGAACCCCUUUAACUUGUGCCAACAAAGUGGCAUGCAUACCAAAUUUAUCAUGUGUUUUUUGCUCGACAUGGGCCAUGGCGUAGUUGUAAUACUGAUGUGGCUUAAAAUGGCCCAACAUGUGCCAAAAGACUGGUAAGGCAGACCUUAAAAAUAAGAGCCUCCACAAUCAACUUAAUUUUAGCCAUUUUGUAAGUGACUACUUAUCAAACUAAAAACCUAAUGGGCAGACAGAUCAAAUGGUAAAGCGUCUAUUUAGUAGCCCGGCGAGGGAUGAUGGCAUCUGCACAUAGCAAUACUCUGUAAUCUAAUAUGCAGUGUUUUAUUGUGUCGCCGGCAAGGACAAACAUGUCUCCCUCAUUUGUUUCUCAUUUGUUUUUAUUUUCCUGGGCAGCCUCACGUCUGGACAUGAUAGCAUUUUUAGUAAUGCUAAUGAGGCUGUUUUAUUGCUGGAAAACCUAAUCCCCUCUCCUAAUCCCCUCAACUCUGAGAGCUAAUUUUGCACAUGAUUGGAAACGGUUGCUCCAUAUAAUGCGGCUUAUAUGAUAUGAGAAUAGCAAUCUUAAAGCGGUAUUGUCUACUUGGACAUUUGUGACAUAUCUACAAGAUAUGCCUUUAAUAACGGACAGCUGCUAUGUGGAGAACGCCUGUCCCGUCCAGUGUGAUGGGUGCCGUAUUCAGGUAGAGAAUCGAUGGAGAGGUUCCUCGGUUGUUUCUCUCGUUCCAUAGAAGAGGAUGGAGAGAGUGACACGUGCACGGCCACCCCUCCAUUCAUUCUCUGCCUAGAUGGCAUGGCUGUUCUUCACAUAGGUGCGUAUCUAUCAGACAUUUAUGACUAUCCUGUGAAUGUCCAAGUUGAUGAUGACCCUUUAAGACAUUGUAAAAGAAUCUUAACUAUUAACUAAUCACAAGUCUAGGACAGCAUUAAAUAGUGUAACUGCAACUGGAAUAUGAUUUGGAAAUGGUGUGGGCUUGGUAUAUGUUAUAGGAAAUAUGAUGCUCAUCCUAGAUAUAUCUGAAUCGUGCUUACUUCAUUGUAGAACUAUGUGUAUACCGUAUAUCUAUCGCUCAUAGACUUUGUUAUUUCUAGACAUUGAUUAAAUUCUAACCUAUGGCUGGGGAUACUUUGUAGGAAAAUAUGGGGUGAAUAUUCUCCGUUAGCGCUAUAGAACUUGUUAAGUGACGUGAAUGUGUGCAUAGGAUCUGGAUUUCCUCCAUCUGGAUUCCAUUGGAAAUAACUCAAAGCCAAACCAACCUCAUGUGUCACGAAAUGUGGGCAAAGUCUUAAACAGAACUAUUACCUCUCAUAGUGCCUUUCGCAUUAUGUGUGACAAAAAAAGAUUUUCUUUCACCACUCGAGAACAUACAAAAAAAAAAGCAGCAUCACGAGAAAAUGCUAAAGUGACCUGUCCUCUUCUAGCCUCCAUCAGUAUUGUAUGUGUAGAGGAACUCUUCCUGGUUUUUAAAUAAGGGUGUCUCUUAAUCCUGAAAAUUACUUGCUUCACAAUUUUAACAGCAGGUGAAUAUCUCUGCCUUCAUUUAUUUCCACGUGAAUUAUAUGCCCAGGAUGCUUUGUAAAGAGAGGCCCAGUUAAAACUUGUAGCCUUAAGGCUGCUUUACGUGGGACAACUUUUUAAACCACCGAUGAAUGCUUGUUUAAAGGGAACCUGUCUGUGUGUUCAUGUAAAGCAAACUUCCCACAUUCCCUUACAUUAGCCUCAUGGCGCUACAAAAGCGACUUUUGUUCCCUUUUUCUGAAAUCAGCAGCAAUUCAACUUUAGUCCUUGUUAAUGCUGUAUGCAAAUUAGUUGCUUCAAGUCAAGGAGGCCAGCACUUUUCUCCUUUAAGUCAAGCUUUCCCUGCCCAACCCCUUCCUGCAUCUGGAUUGAUGUUCCCUAGCUCAGGGAACAUUAUACCCUCGCCUCCUUAGAUCCUUCUCUUGCUCAGCUCGGUCACAUUUCUGGUGCAUGCCAAGUUGUGUUGGCUAUACAGCACCUGACUUUAAGGCUUCACUGCAUGUAUGCAAUGUGUUACAGAGAAGACCUCUCCCACUGUGCUGUGCAGGUACAGUGAAGACUUGAAGACAGAAACUGUACCCCCAAAUGCAACAGAUUAGAGCAUGCGCAGGAUCCAAAGAGUUCAGUGGUAACGUUCCCUGAGCUAUGGAGCAUCAGUCAAGAUGCAACAGGCAGGGAAAGCUUGACUUCAAGGAGAAAAGCGCUCUCCUCCAUGACUUGAAGCAGCUAAUUUGCCUUUGAUGGGUACAAGGCGUAAAGUUGACUUUACGCAGAUUUACAAGUCAGAAAAAGUCAUGUCACUUCUGGAGUACCAUGAGCAUAUUACAAAAGGUUCUGUGGGUGGUUUGUAUGACAUAAACAAGCUCAGUGGUUCCCUAAUAAAACAUUUCUGAGCAUCUGAUGGAUGUUUCCAUUAUAAUAAUCCCCACUACCUUCAGGGAAGGCAUUUCUUCCCACCAAACAUGGGACAUCAUUGUUACAAAGAAGUGGCAUUUGCAAGACUUGUGUGCUGGGCAGCAGUACCUUUGUCUUUACAAGCAACAUUUACGGAUUGUGGCAGUGAUACCAGCUACAGUGGUAUGAUCUAUAAAAAUGUAUGACACAUUGGGCAGUUAUCAUUAAGAUCACACUUAAAUUACAGAUUUUUGGCGCUAAUUGCCCAACGUGAAUGGACGUUUAGUGGGUAUCCUUCAGACUCCUCUGAGUUGACAGUGGACAGUGAUUUAUUUUUUGGGGAAGUUUUCAGAUUAUUUACUUUUAAUUGUCCUUUUAAGCUUUCAACAAACUUUGCAUAAACCAAUAGUACAUGUGAAUAAAAAACAUUUAAUAAAUGUUAUUAGAGAUGCUUGCCUUUUUCUCCCUCUAUCAGCUCACUUCUCCUCACACCUCUCCUUUCCAUAGACCUCUGUUGGGAUAUCCAAUCUGAUACUUCAGUGGGAUAACAGUCUGUUUUGUUUCUCAGGACAGAUUCAGUAGAAUAUUUUAGUUUAGAAAAUGCAAGGGGAGAAAAAGACAUUUUUCUCUGAGAACAUAUAUUACAAAGUUUCUUAUAUUCACUUGUACUAGUACCGUAAUAUAAAGUGACCAUUGGUUAUAGGGUCUGUCAGCUAAUUUUUGCUAAACAGCUUGAAUCACUUUGUACUUCAUGUACCAUUGUUUCCUUUGUCUGCGGCUGUGAUGCUGAAAAAAUGUAAUUUGAAGUGAUGCUAAUGAGUUUGCAAGUGCUCAGGGGAGUUUUCCAUUGCUGCAACUGCCCAGGCCUCUUGGCGUUACUCAUCUAAGGCUACUUUUUACACCAGUCAUGAACGGUUCCAGUUGUAUUAUGUCUUCUAAAGCCAUGACGGAUCAGUCUUGAACACCAUUGAAAGUCAAUGGGGGAUGGAUCGGUUUUCUAUUGUGCCAGAUUGUGUCAAAGAAAACUGAUCCGUCCCCAUUGACUCAUAUUGUGUGCCAGGAUGGAUCCGUUUGGCUCCGCUUUGUCAGGCGGACAGCAAAACGAUGCAGGCAGUGUUUUGGUGUCCGCCUCAAGAGCGGAAUAGUGACUGAAUGCAGGCAAACUGAUGCAUUCUGAGCGGAUCCUUUUCCGUUCAGAAUGCAUUAGGGCAAAACUGAUCCGUUUUGGACCGCUUGUGAGAGCCCUCAACGGAUCUCGCAAAUGGAAAGCCAAAACACUAGUGUGAAAGUAGCCUAAGCCAGCCCAGUGUCCUGCUUGCGUCACUGUCUCUGCUCCUGAAAUCCCGCACCUGUUCACAUUACCACCGGGCCCAGGCAUGUGUCGUACAAUACCCAUUCUGGGCAGCUGCAUUACUCAUCAGACUGUGUAUGCAGCAUUUGUUGGCAUGAAAUAGGGUAACUGGAAGAGGGUAUUGUAUGGCGCAUGCUAGGGCCCGGUGGUGAUGUACGCAGGCCCAGGAAUUCAGGAGCAAAACUGUAUGAUUAUAGUAUAUAAACUGCAAUCUGAUUCCAUACGUUUGAGUUGAGAAAAUUUGCUGACAGUCAUUUAAAACAUCUGGUAGUGCCACUAGCUGCCAUUUAGUGCAGGCAGAGCCUUGAUCAUUGACGUGCUAGAUUUUUCAGUUUUGCAUAGGGGAGGCAAUCACUUGUUUUAUUGAAGUUCCUUAGAGGAUAGGAUUUACACCACUAUUUUUCCUCAUUUCUGUGCUAUAAAGUAGUGCACCACCAUAUAGUGGCUAUUCUAUGCAUUUCUACAUUCUAUGUACAUGGCCUAUAAACCGUUCUCUGAAAUGCACUAAAACCCAGUGCUUAUGCUUGGGUCAUUAUCUUCUGGGGAAUCCUUGGUGCUUUAUCAUGUUCUCUGAUAUCCAUGCUUUGUUUUUGUUUUUUAUCCCGAAUACUCUGUCAGACUCAUGUCAUGUAUGUACCACUUGUCCUCAAAGUCCACUGUGUUCAAAAGCUAUACGGUGCCUGUCUUCCAGUUUCUAUUUUCUAGCUAAAAUAGCCAUAGUUUUCUCCAAGAGUAACACUCUGGAGCCUGAAAGCUUACUAGACUAGACGAGACUAGACUCCUUUUAAAAAGCUUAUAUUGAUAUACCUGGGAUCUACAUAUUAGGGCGAAAAUUUUGCCCUUUUUUGCAAAAUGAUAUUUCAGUUGUAGGGAAGAGCAAACCAAAAACACCUCCCAGAUAUGAACCAAAAAGUCAGUUAGUUACAACAUAAAGGAACCCCUUAUUCUGUUAGUGAUCCUAUAGGAUAAAAUGAAAUGGUCAAGCAUGUGAACCAUUCAGGCCCCUGCUGGAACCUGGCAAAACACUUAGUAAUACAUUGCACUGAAGGAGCAAGCAGCACACUAACAAAAUGAUAUGUGGGGAAAGGGGCCAUCUGAGCUGAGGAAGCAGUGGCAGGAAUGCCAAGCCAGUGGAGAUAGUCCAGUCAUAUAUGGUCUUCAAAUGUUAUUUGUUGAUGGACAAUCUGUUCACACAUUGCCAAACAACUUCAUCCUUUUGUCGAUGGGCAACACAUUAACCUUUAACACAGGAAUUAAAUUGCCAUCAUCACUUUCCUCCAGACUAAAGGCCUCUUUACACAGGCCGAUUAUCGGAAAUAAACAUUUGUAUGAUUACUUGUUUCCAAUAACCUUGUAAAGUUGUCACCAGUCAAUGAACAAGCUAGUUCAUCGGGUAAAAACAUUGUUCAUGCGGCACUCAAAAUCUGCGUUUCUGGACAGCAGGUUGUUCUUUGUAAACAGAGAUCUGCUACCCAGAACCAAUUAAUUUAUAUGGACAUGAGUGAUUGCAGUAGCGAUUACUUGUACUAUACAGUGGAGGUGAUUGCUGCAUGUAAAUAAACGGUUCAUUUGUGAUAAUUGUCUGUUCAGUUGGCCUGUCUAAAGGUUUUGUGUAGAGGUUUUAUAUUGAUGACCUAUCAUCAGGAUAGGUCAUCAGUUUCUGAUCGGCCAGGAUCCGACACCUGGCACCCCACCAAUCAAAUAUUAAUGAUCUGUCCCGAGCAUAAGUCAUCAGUAUAAAACCCCUUUAAAACUGGCAUUACACUUGCCAGCAGUUCUGACCCCACCAUCAAAAUAUAUACUUUGCUAAGUGUUCAUGUUUAUUUCAAUGGAAAGAGGGGAGUAAACCACUGCUUGAUACUCAAACGUGGGACCAGAGGACUGGCAAGUUGAAAUUUAACUUACCCGAUCCUUCUUUCUCUCAACAUUUGCCAUCGGCAGAGAACCUGGAGGAUGCCAUGCACAUAAGAUUGUAGGCCGAAGCUGCCAAAAUUUACCUAAGCUUAUCUUGUGUGUAUGGAAAGUUUUAAUCAGAGUAGAGUAUGAGAUGCAUGUUGUCACUCUUUUCCAGCUCAUUCUUACUGAUGUGCGAUUUAAUUUUUUAUAUUCUGAUUUACCCGUGUAUAGAAUGGACUGCAAGUAAGAGCAAACAUUGGUAUAACAAUUGUAAACUGAAGGGGUUAUUACUAGACUUCCAUUUUUCUCCAUGAUGAACUGACCACGUUGGGUCUUCAUGGGGUCCUGCUGCGGUUAUCAUUAUUAUAUUUUUGUCUAGCCUUACCUUUAGGGGAACAUGCAGUAGAUUUCAGUUGAUAGAUGUGGCUUAAUUCUUAACAGGAUUGUCUGGUAUAUAUAAAAAAAAAAAGGUGGGUUAAGAGUAGGAAUCGUUAUAAAAUAAUAAAACCAAUACUUGCCAAUUAAAGGGGUUGUCCACCUUUUUAAUAGGUGAUGUCCUAUCCUAAGGGAUCAACUGAAGUCAACAGUUGAUCGGCAAGGGUGUGAGGUGUCGUAUCCCUGCCGAUCACCUAGUAAUUGCCUAUCUUGAGAACAUCACAUAAUUUAAUACAAUUUGGACAACCUCUUCAAAUGUUCUACUGCUCCAGUCCCCAAUGGUCCCACAGAACUGACAUUAUAUUCUUUGUUCUUUUGACAGCUACAGCUAAUCCCUGACCUCGGGUCACUUAGCCAUAGCAGCAUUACCACUCAGGUCGGUGUUGGGCUGCAGGGGUCAAAUAAAAGAUAUAUUGACCUCAUCGCUGCAGGGCCAUAGGGGACCAAAUAUGUCAUAGAGACAUAUCAAAAGUUUUGAUUGAUGAGGGUCUGAGAGCUGAGAUCUUACUGAUUGCUAGAACGAGGAGAGAAGUGAACGUAUAUCGCCCUCUUUCCUCACUGCAGAGGACGGAAUCAAGAUGGGCCCUUAGAUUUGUAGUGAGCCAGUCUCCUGUAGUGAGGAGAGAGCAUGAUAUCUGAGUGUUUCAUCUCAGGAUCUGUGGGCGUCUCAACGCUCAGGCCUCCACCGAUCAAAACUUUUGAUAUGUCUCUAUAACAUAUCAAAAGUUUUACCAAAACUCAGUAACCCUUUGAAGCAGAAAAUCUUAACCUUAAUGCACAAUUAGCCACAGUAUUACUACUACGAAGCUUGAUUUCCUGACUAAACACGUAGAUCCCUACUAUAUCAAUGUAUAUACCCAACAGUUGGAGAGGUGGUUAGUCAUUUGACUGUAACUUGGCAAUAUCAGAUAUUGUGAGUUUAUAGUUAGCAGAUAUUAAUGGGAAUCAGGAUUUCCAUAUUAAUAUGUCACAUUCAGAUUUAAUUGCAGUUGAAUAUUCAUUAUGUUAAUAUUAUAAACAAAAAUGGUUUUGAUUCUUUUAUUGCGCCGUACUUAGACUGGAAAUUAUUAAACUAUUCUGGACUGAUGCAAGAUUUUCAAAAGUAUAAUUUUGCUAUUGUAAUGCUACAAAAAAAACUACAGACUCCUUUGGACUGCGGAAAAAAAUUGCUUUUGAUUUGCACACUUUUUUCUUAAAAUUCAUCUGCCUUUUUAUUUUUCUAUUUUCAAUGUAUGUGUAUUGUAAGUAACAAUUCAAUAAAACAUCAUUUUGUUGAAA